AUGCCAACCAUUCAUCAUCGUCGAAAACAAUCGUUUGAUCUAGAAAACAUCAAGACUCAUUUUGCCUUUGGUGAUUCGUAUACAACUAAUUAUUUAGAUUUACCUACCAUGUCUUAUCCAGAUUAUAAUAAUGUAUCAUCUACUAAUGGUCGCAAUUGGGUCAAUUAUUUUACUCAAACUUUACAUCUUACUAAAUGGGAUUUGGCGUAUAAUAGUGCUCCUGUACAAAAUACAUUGGUGAAUCAGGACCCAAAUGUGAUCGACGUCAAUAAACAAAUCAUUCAGUUAUUCCCAGAGUACUUUUUACAAAAUGAUGCUACUUGGUCAAAGGAAUCAACCCUUUAUAGUAUUUGGGUGGGCAUCAAUGAUGUUGGACUACUUUUAAACAACCCUAUCACAUCGUUGGAUGUGAUUAUACACCGAUACCGUCAAUUGAUUGAUUCUUUAUAUGAUAAUAAUGCAAGAAAUCUCGUUUUGAUCAACGUGCCUCCUAUUGAUAAAAGUCCAAAAUGGGCACCACCUAAAACAGCUUCUAAAAUGCGUGCUUUGGUAAAAGAAUUUAAUGAGAAAAUAGAACAGAUGGUUAACGAUGUAGUUGAUCAAUACCAUGAUGGUCAUUUCUAUUUGAUUGAUGCUUGGUCUAUUUUUACUCGAAUACUGGAUAAUCCUAAUGAAUAUGGAUUUGGUAAUGUCACUGGUUAUUGCCCUGAUUGGCGUCAACCUGAGGAACAUGAUUGUCAACCCAUUGCUGAGUACUUCUGGUUGAAUGAUUUACAUCCUACUACAAAGGUGCAUGCUCAUUUUGCACAAGCUCUUUUAGAUACUUUACAAAAAGUCUAA